AUGUGGAGUAACCUUCCCUUUGAUCUCCUAUCUAACAUCUUCUCCUACCUUUCGCCGGACUCCUUCGCAAGAGCCAAGGCCGUCUGCCGGAAUUGGCACACAUGCACCACCACCACGGUGGCUCCGCCCCUGCUGCGCCACCCAGCAUGGUUCAUAGCUUGGCCAAUUCGCCACCGUGGCCUCUCCUGCUAUGCCCAAAACCCAAUUGACAACAACUGGCACGCGCUAUCUCUCGACUUCAUGCCUAGCACCGUUCGCCCCGUUGCUGCAAUUGGUGGGCUUGUUCUACUGAAAUUUACCAACACCACCGCCCUCCAUUUAGCGGUGUGCAACCCCUUCACCAGGCAAUUCCGGCUGCUCCCGCCGCUGAAUUUGGCAAGAACCAAUGCGGCAGUUGGCGUAGUUGAAAUUCAUUCAAGCUAUCAUCAAGUUUAUGUGGCUGGGGGUAUGUCUGAGGCACCUGGGGGCGGUGCCAUUUACCAGCCCACAGUAGAAAUGUACGAUUCCCAUCACGAAACCUGGGAAAUUAUUAGUUCAAUGCCAGUUGAAUUUGCUGUGAGAUUAACCGUGUGGACACCCAAUGAAAGUGUAUACUCAAAGGGAAUGCUAUAUUGGAUUACUUCUGCAAGGGCAUAUAGUAUAAUGGGAUUCCAAAUUGGGACUAAAAAAUGGACAGAAUUGAGCGUGCCAAUGGCAGAUAGGCUUGAAUUCGCGGCAUUGGUUCCAAGAAAUGGGAAUUUGGCUCUUGUUGGAGGCACAUAUAGUGGAAAUGUUUGCACAUGGGAGCUUGGGGAUGACGAUAAUUGGGGGAUUGUUGAGAAAGUUCCGUCUGAAUUGGGAUCGAGAUUUCCCGAUUGGGGUACUGCAAAAUGUGUUGGGAUAAAUGGCGCCGUGUGCUUGUAUAGAGAUGUUGGUUCGGGAAUGAUUGUUCGGAGGGAGAUUUUGAACAAGGGUCGAUGGGAAUGGCGGUGGAUUGAAGGAUGUUGUUCGAUAAGAAGAAAGAACAUUCAGAAUUUUUCGAUUAAAGGACUACUUCUGCAUCCGAAUCUUUUCGAUUAA